AAACCACACAUCGCUUACAGCCAGCCGUCGAUCCUCAAAUCCAUUUGGCAGGUUCACUAUAUAAGAGCUACCUUCUGAAACCGAAAAACCCUAGCCGGUUCUCUCCCACUUGGUCGCGUUGCUCUCGGCUGCUGAUCUUCCGCAAUGGCUUUCGCCAAAGCUCAGAAAUCAAGGGCUUACUUCAAGAGAUUUCAAGUCAAGUACAGGAGAAGGCGAGAGGGAAAGACCGACUACCGUGCCAGGAUUAGGCUCAUCAACCAAGACAAGAACAAGUACAACACACCCAAGUACCGGUUUGUCGUGAGAUUUACCAACAAGGAUAUUGUUGCUCAGAUUAUAUCUGCCAGUAUUGCUGGUGAUUUGGUUCUUGCUGCAGCCUAUUCCCAUGAGCUCCCACGCUAUGGGCUUGAAGUUGGUCUCACAAACUAUGCAGCAGCCUACUGCACUGGCCUACUCUUGGCUCGUCGUGUGUUGAAGAAGCUUGAAAUGGAUGACGAGUACGAGGGAAAUGUUGAGGCUACUGGUGAAGACUACUCUGUAGAGCCAGCUGAGAGCAGGAGGCCAUUCCGUGCUCUUCUUGAUGUUGGCCUGAUCAGGACCACCACAGGAAACCGUGUAUUCGGUGCCUUGAAGGGUGCUUUGGAUGGGGGUUUGGAUAUCCCUCACAGUGAAAAGAGGUUUGCCGGUUUCACCAAGGAUAGCAAGCAACUUGACGCUGAGAUUCAUCGCAAGUACAUUUAUGGUGGCCAUGUUGCUGCAUACAUGAGGACUUUGGCGGAGGACGAGCCAGAGAAAUACCAGAGUCACUUCAGUGAAUAUAUUAAGAAAGGCAUUGAAGCGGAUGACAUCGAGGAGGUGUACAAGAAAGUUCACGCUGCCAUCCGUGCUGAUCCUACAAUUAAGAAGACUGAAAAGCCGGCUCCUCAAGAGCACAAGAGGUACAACUUGAAGAAGCUUACCUUUGAUGAGAGGAAGAAGAAGUUGGUUGAGAGGUUGAAGGCCUUCAAUGAUGCUGGUAACGAUGACGACAGCGAUGAUGAUGAUGAGUACUAAGCAUUUGAUGGGAUUUGUGCUCUAGUUUGUUUCCCCCAGGUAGGACGUCUGUUAAAUUAUCCUCUAUAAGGUCUGUUAUCUGAGUUAGAAGCGCUACUAAAGUUUUGACAGUGUUGUUAUGCAAGUUAUAUUUUGUUUUGGCUAUCGCUACGUACCUCGACUAUCCACCCUUCGUCCCGUUUUCUACUAUCCAACUUUUCUAAUUACCAAAUCUUUUCUUGUAGUUGUCGUGGUCGGGAUAAAGCUGUGUAUUUUCAGUUGAAACCAUGAAUUUUAUGCUUAUGUGGUUUUUAUCC